GGAGUCAACUUUAAAAUGUCUGACUGGGAAGAUGAGUACAAUGAAGGCGGCGUUGCUUUGCAGAAACCUGCAACAAAACUACCUCCGACUGAAUGGAAAUUGCCAAGUGAUGGCCGUCAAAGGGAAUAUGAAUAUUUCGGUGUUAGAAAUCGAUCCAGGUUUGAAGACUCAAGAGAGGAAAGAGCGGAUCGUAACGGCGGGGGAUCCGAGUACCAAAGCCGGAGAGGUGGAGGCCGUCCAUUUCCUCGGAGUACGGGAGGACGCAGCUUUGGCGAUGAAAAGUCCCCGCCAGUGACUCUCACCGUGGAAAAUUCUUCAGUUGGGAGAGUAAUAGGUCGCGGGGGAGCCAAAAUUCGUGAACUUGAAGAGAGCACUGGUGCAAGAAUCAAGAUUAACAAGGGGGACUAUGAAGGUGAGGUGGUCAUCUUUGGGUCCGCUGCUGCCCAGCAGAAGGCUAAGGAGAUGAUUGAAGAACUGGUGGCAGAUGUCAACUCACGAUUUCACAAUGGUUUUGGUAGGGGGGGAGGCUGCAGAGGAGGUGGUGGUGGUGAUGGAGGAGGCUACAGAGGAAGAGGUGAUGGAGGAGUAAAGACAGGCUCUGUCUGGUCUGCAGCAGAAUUGCAGGCUGCGGAUGCCGUCCCGGCCCGUGUACCUAUAGACUGGAACUCCAUCCGGGAGAACAAGGACAAGUAUGAGCAGCUCAAGUGGAAGGAUGUUCCACCCCUGAAGAAGAAGUUUUACACUGAGGCAGAGUGUGUAUCCAUGCUCACAGCAGAGGAAGUCAGUGAAUGGAGGAAAGAGAAUAACAAUAUUUUUGUGGACGACCUGAAGGAGGAGGGGGAGAAGCGGCCCAUUCCCAACCCCUGCCGCACCUUUCUGGAGGCCUUUGAGCUUUAUCCAGAAAUCAUGGAAAACAUUGAGCGAGUUGGCUUCGUCAAACCAACCCCCAUCCAGUCUCAGGCUUGGCCAGUGUUGCUGAGCGGGGAGGACCUGAUAGCCAUCGCACAGACAGGAACCGGGAAAACCCUGGCGUAUCUGCUACCAGGGUUCAUCCACAUGGAUGGCCAGCCUGUACCAAGAGCUGAGCGGGGUGGUCCAGGCAUGUUGGUGCUGACUCCCACCAGAGAGCUGGCCCUGCAGAUUGAAACAGAGUGCAAAAAGUACAGCUAUAAGAGCUACAAAAGUAUCUGUAUCUAUGGCGGAGGGGAUAGGCGAGGACAGAUCAACCUGGUGAAGGGCGGAGUGGACAUAGUGAUCGCUACACCAGGCCGACUAAAUGAUCUUCAGAUGAAUGAGCUCAUCAAUCUCCGCUCCAUCACCUACCUGGUGCUGGAUGAGGCUGACCGUAUGCUAGAUAUGGGCUUUGAACCCCAGAUCAUGAAGAUUAUCCUCGACAUUCGCCCAGACCGACAGACUGUCAUGACCAGUGCCACCUGGCCCACCGGUGUGAGACGAUUGUCCAAAUCCUACCUCAAGAAUCCUAUGAUGGUUUAUGUGGGAACACUGGACUUGGCAGCGGUGAACACUGUGCAGCAAACAGUGCUAAUCGUCCAUGAAGAUGAGAAAAAGUCCUACGUGUUUGACUUCAUCAGAAACAUGCUACCCCAGGAUAAAGUCCUCAUCUUUGUUGGCAAGAAGCUUGUGGCUGAUGACCUGUCCAGUGACAUGUGUCUGCAUGGUCUGGCUGUGCAGUGUCUGCAUGGCGGCCAUGAGCAAUCUGACCGUGAAGAAGCCCUCAAGGACUUUAAAAACAGUCGAGUUCGUAUCCUGGUUGCCACAGACUUGGCAUCUCGAGGGUUGGAUGUCCAUGACAUAACACAUGUCUUUAAUUUUGACUUUCCGAGGAACAUAGAAGAGUAUGUUCACCGUGUGGGCCGCACUGGCCGGGCAGGACGUUCAGGUGCUGCUGUUACCUUGGUAACCAGGGAAAACUGGAGGAUAGCUGCUGAGCUGAUUCUCAUCCUGGAGCGAGCAGGACAGGAGGUCCCAGAGGAGCUGGUGCUAAUGGCAGAGAGAUAUGAGAAGCACAAGAGGGAGAAGGAGAUGUGCAAUCCAGGGGGAGGACAGGGACGAAGAGGCGGAGGAGGAUGGGGGAGGCGAGAUGGUGGAGGAAGAGGAGGCAGGGAUCGAGGCCAAAACUGGGGAUUCUAAUGCAUGAUUGUCGAUGGUGGAACAGGAUCUGAAAUCGCCACUGUAAUUUCUUUUGAAUUCAUAUUUCAUUUUUUGUUUUAUUUGAUUUAUUUUCUUUGAUUGAAAUGUUUUUUUGUUUGAUAAUUAAGUGAAAAACAUUGUCGUUUAGAGGCAGUUACCUCAUAAUGUUCUCCUGUUUAAAAAUGUGUAAAAUGACAGUUUUAGAGUCUGUAACUCUCAAACCACAGCAGUGUUUAGUAUCAGAAAAUAUUUUAUGUAAUUUCUUUAUUUGGACAGAAAGAAUCUGUAUAAUAAAUGCUCCUUUUUAAAAAGACUUAA